AUGGGGAAGCUAGGGGAUCUUCUCUUGCAUAGGGUUAAGAUUUUGCUGUUACAUGCUGUUGUUAUUUGGUCAUCAAAGUUGGUCAUAGCAGAUGUACCAGCUAUUUUUAUAUUUGGCGAUUCAACUGUAGACGUUGGAACUAAUAAUUAUGUAAAUGGCAGUCUUGCUACAGCUAACAAUCCUUACUACGGAAUUGAUUACCCACACCACAUUGCUACAGGAAGGUUUAGCAAUGGCUAUAACCCUGCGGACAUCAUUGCGACGCACUUGGGUAAUUAUACGGAAAGCCCGCCAGCCUUUUACGCCUUAGUUCAGGAAACGUCAACAACAUUUAAGAGUAGCAUACUUCGUGGUGUCAACUUUGCAUCAGGAGGAUCUGGCAUUCUUGAUGAUACUGGAAAUCCUGGAUUUCAUCAUGUAGUAUCGCUUACUCAACAAAUAGAACAAUUCCAAAGUGUAUGCGAGAACAUCACCGAAAUAUAUGGAGAUGAUGACAUAGCUUCAAAGCUGGUUGCAAAUGCCUUCUACCUUAUAAGUGUGGGAAGCAAUGAUUUCUUCGACCAAUUCCGUUACAACUACAAUAUAUCUGCACCUGAACUCAUUACUGAUCUCAGUGAUACCUUUGCCAACCAUUUACAGAAUUUAUAUAAUCUAGGUGCAAGGAAAUUUGGAAUUGUGAGCAUUCCAACGAUUGGAUGCUGUCCGGCUAUACGUAGUGUAACACCUGGUGGAGCCUGUAAUGAGACACUUAAUGAUUUUGCUCAAUCAUUUUAUAAUACAACACUCAGCUUGCUGCAAAAUUUCAGCUCAAAAAAUCCAGGAGUGAAAUUUUCACUUGGAAAUUCUUACUUGAUGACCAAGGGUGUCAUUGAUAAUGCAGUUGCAUCAGGUUUUGAAGAAGUUGAAUCAGCCUGCUGUGGGACAGGACCUUUCGGAGGAAACAGUAAAUGUACUCCAAAAUCUGAUCUUUGCGAGAAGCGCGACAAAUACCUGUUCUGGGAUUGGUUUCACCCAACUCAGAAAGCAUCUGAAAUGGCAGCUUUGUCUCUUCUUUAUGCAACUGGACAGGAAUUUGUCACACCCGUCAACUUCAGUACAUUGGCUAGUAUUCAGCUGUGA